UCGCUAUAAAAAGCGACAUCCAGAGUGACCUAAUGCUCCCUCUGUUAUUUCUUUCUUUCUUUCUAUUUAUUUUUUUCCCUUCGUUUCGUAAAGUUUUCAAAAACGAUUAGAGAAGAAAUUAUCAGCUGCGGAGGGACCAUGGAUCCUACUCCUGCUGCAAGUUCCGCUGGGGCAUCAUCACCUGCUGUUCCACCCAAUGUUGGCAGUGUUGAAUGUUCUGAUCAUGGACAUUAUUCUAAAGCAGCAUCUCUAUCUUGUGUUGGUUCCCAACCACCAAGGACUUCAUUAAGCACGAGUGUUGGUGGUUCUGUUCUUGAAUCAUCACGGCCUUCAUGUAGACCAUGGGAGAGAGGGGAUCUACUAAGGCGCUUGGCUACUUUUAAGCCUUCAAAUUGGUUUGGAAAGCCCAAGGUUGCCAGUUCCCUCGCUUGUGCUCAGAGAGGUUGGACAAAUAUUGAUGUUGAUAGAAUUGCUUGUGAAUCAUGUGGUGCAUGCCUGAGUUUUGUUAUGGUACCAUCCUGGAUGCCUGUCGAAGUUGAAGAGGCUGGUGAAGCUUUUUCCAAGCAGUUGGAUAGUGGUCACAAGGUCAACUGUGCAUGGAGAGGAAACAGCUGUCCAGAAAGUUUGGUGCAGUUUCCUCCAACUCCACAAUCUGCCUUAAUUGGGGGAUAUAAGGAUAGAUGUUAUGGAAUUCUACAGUUUCAGUCUCUUCCUAUUGUAUCUACAUGCGCAAUUGAGCAGAUGCGAGUCUUGCAAGGCCCACAGGUUGAUCGCUUUCUGUCUUCAUCACAGAAUAUUACAGCUGGGGAAGUGGAUGUAAAAUCUGAUAGUAUACUGGAGCUUGAAACCUCUCGAGAUGGAGCCUACUACUUGUAUUCUCGCGCACAGAAGCUUAUAAGUCUAUGUGGUUGGGAACCAAGAUGGCUUCCAAAUGUUCAAGAUUGUGAAGAACAUUCUGCUCAAUCAGCAAGAGAUGGAUGUUCUUUUGGUCCAUCUGAGGCUCAGGUCCAUCUGUCAAAGGAUCCAGGUCAAAGCAAAAAUGCACUUUCUGCUUCAGCUCGAAGGAACACUGGGAAGAACAAAAUGGUAGCUGUUGAGUCCAGACGUGAAUAUAGAUCACCUUUGUUGGAUUGUACUUUAUGUGGUGCAACUGUGAGAAUAUCAGAUUUCUUAACUGUUCCUCGACCUGCCCGAUUUACUUCAAACAACAUUGAUAUCCCUGAUACAAGCAAAAAGAUGGGACUGACCCGUGGAGUAAGUGCAGCCAGUGGAAUUAGUGGUUGGGUUGCUGCUGAUGAUCCAGAGAAAGAACAAACAGAAGAUCGUGAUGAAGUGGCAACGACGGCUGAGGGGAAACUGCUACAAAAUACUGACUUUGAUUUGAAUUUGACAAUGGCAGGGGGUUUACCUUUUACUCAGGGGAACAGGACUGCUAUGUCAGAAAAUGUUCAUGAUGUAGACAUGGGAAGGGACCUAAUGAUUGGGCAACCGGCAGGUAGUGAGGUUGGUGAUCGUGCUGCAUCAUAUGAGUCCCGAGGCCCUAGCUCUCGUAAGCGGAGCCUAGAAAUAGGUGGCAGCUCAGAGGAUAGGCCACAUUUAAGGAUGCAUCAGGCUGAUAGUGUUGAAGGGACAGUCAUUGAUCGUGAUGGUGAUGAAGUUACUGAUGGUAGACAAUAUUCAGUUGGGCCUUCAAAGCGUGCUCGUGACUUUGAUAUUUUUGAUACUAACUGUUCACCAUAUUUGAGAGACUCAUCUGGAGCUGGUCCUAGCCAUUCGGUGGGAUUGGAAAUUCAUGCAGAUGGCAACAGAAGUUCUUUGUUUCGACAAGGAACUGACCAAGCUGUAGGAGUCCUAUCAACUAGAGAUUCAGCACGUGCAUCAUCUGUGAUUGCAAUGGAUACGGUAUGUCACAGUGCUGAUGAUGAUUCUAUGGAAAGUGUAGAAAAUUCUCCUGGGGAUGUUGAUGAUGUUCAUUUUCCCUCUAGUACGUAUGGAUUUUUCGACAUGAACGACACUCUGGAACUGAAUUAUAGUAAUCAAGCUCAACAGAGUAUUUAUUCCCGACGAGCUGCAGAAGCAGUUCCUGGAGAAAUGGGUAUCAGUAGUACAAAUGACGGUGAAGAACUUUUCAAUGCUGAAACUGUGACAGCUCAGGCUAGGGAUGGAUUUAGUUUUGGAAUUAGUGGGGGCAGUGUUGGUAUGUGUGCUAGCCAUGAAGCUGAAAUCCAUGGUGCUGAUGUCUCUGUUUAUAGAACCAAUAGUGUGGUUGGUGAUGUAGAACCAAGAACUGAAGAUGCUGAAAAUCAGGGUCAGACAGGUGAAUCUGCUCCAGAUCCUGGUUUAAUGGAUGAGAUUGUCCCUGAUGAAAUAAAUAGGGAAGACCCACAUGCUGACAACCAGGAGAUGCUGUCUCAUUCUGUUGGACGGGCUGACAGUGGCUCAAAAAUUUAUGGUUCUGUCAGGGCAGAAUCAGCUGAAAGUAGAGAAAAGAUAAGUCAAAGUGGCAAGUUAACCCAGGAAAAUAAUGCCCACCCUUCUCUUUCUUGUAAUGCUAAUAUCUGUUCUGGAUACAAUACAGCCAAAAAUGAGGUUACAAAGACUGGAAAAUCAUCAUCUACAAACAAUUGUCCCUACCCAGAGUCGGAUUAUGUGGCUGCAAAUGGGAUAGAGUUUUCAGGGCUUCCAAAAGGGGAAAGCAAUUAUGAAGAAGCUACAGAGUUUGAUCCCAUUGUUCAGCACAACCAGUUUUGCCCCUGGGUGAAUGGGAAUGUUGCUGCUGCUGGCAGUAAUGGAUCUAGUACCAGUGCUGAUGCUGUUGCCCUUUGUGGAUGGCAGCUGACCUUGGAUGCACUGGAUGCUUUGCGUUCAUUGGGUCAUAUUCCUAUACAGACAGUACAGUCUGAGUCAGCUGCAUCUUUAUACAAGGAUGAUCACCAAACUCCUGGUGGAAAGCUUCUUGGACGGCAGUCCGUGAGCAAAAGCCAUGGGCAGCAUUAAUAAUAAAUCUGCCUAGCAAAGUUGCAAUAAUCAUUGGAUCAGAAUGGCAUUCCAUGUCUGGAAACAUAUCGGAAAUCAAUUUCACUGGUGAGCUGCACUUUCUGGCAUUUACUUUUCCAAAAGUUUCCUUUCUUUAUGGCAGGACUAGUGCUUUAUUUGUCCGAACAACAUAACUUAUCUAUUUUUCGCAUGUUUUCUUCGAAAGUUUGUUUUAGUAUGUUAAAUAUCAAAUGAUUAGUGAGAAAUGUGACUGGAAACUUUAAUAAAUUCAGUACUGAAAUUUCUAUUGUUUGAUCA